GCAAAUACGGGUUUGGCCUUGUAAAAAAAGAGCGAGUCGAGCUGGCUGCUUCUGGAUUCUGAUUUCUUUCUCGUUGUUUCACGACACAGCUUUCUCUUCUGCAAUUCAACUGAGACAGAAAAUAUCCCGCGAAAUCAUGAAAGUUGUUCGCCGAGACCUCAUUCCCAACGGACCGGGAAGUGUCAAGAUGAUUCCUGUAGAUUCAGAUGAUCUUUGGUUUGUUUACAAUUUAAUUACUCCUGGAGAUAGCGUUAUGGCUCGAACCGUCAGGAAAGUUGUAAGAGAGACAUCAGGUGGAAGAGAUGCAGAGCGUGUUGCACUCAAGUUGGAAAUAAAAGUUGAGGCCGUAGAUUAUGACAAAGAAGGAUCUGUCAUGCGUAUAAGGGGAAAGAAUAUCUUAGAGAACGAACAUGUUAAGAUAGGAGCGUUUCAUACUUUAGAACUGGAGCUGCAGCGACCUUUUGUGUUGAGAAAGGAUAUUUGGGACUCCAUGGCACUGGAUGUACUUCAACAGGCCUCUGAUCCUGCUGCAAGUGCUGAUCUGGCCGUGGUAAUAAUGCAAGAGGGAUUAGCUCAUAUUUUGCUUGUUGGUAAAAGUGUAACUAGCACUCGUUCACGGAUAGAAACUUCAAUUCCUCGCAAGCAUGGUCCUGCUAUUGCUGGUUAUGAGAAGGCUUUGAACAAGUUCUUCGAUAAUGUUCUACAGGCCUUUCUCAAGCAUGUGGACUUUAAUGUUGUUCGCUGUGCUGUUAUUGCGAGUCCUGGUUUCACAAAGGAUCAAUUCCAUCGCCACCUAUUGUUGGAAGCAGAAAGAAGACAGCUGAGAACAAUUAUAGAGAACAAGUCACGAAUAAUUCUUGUGCAUACAAGCUCUGGAUAUAAGCAUAGCUUAAAGGAAGUUCUGGAUGCCCCAAAUGUUAUGAAUAUGAUAAAAGAUACCAAAGCAGCGCAAGAGGUCCGAGCUCUUGAGGAUUUCUUCAGCAUGCUUUCUAAUGAUCCUGCUCGUGCAUGCUAUGGACCAAAACAUGUUGAGAUUGCCCAUGAACGAAUGGCUGUCCAAACACUUCUCAUAACAGAUGAGCUCUUCAGGAAUGCUGACGUAGCUACAAGACAAAAAUAUGUAAAUUUGGUCAAAUCAGUUAAGGAUUCAGGGGGCGCUGCUCAUAUAUUUUCAUCCAUGCAUGUGUCAGGAGAACAACUUGCACAAUUGACUGGUAUUGCUGCAAUUCUUCGAUUCCCCCUUCCAGACCUUGAAGACAUUGAGAUGUAAGGGACAAAUCUGUUUGCACUUCUGGAUUUAUAUACAAUAUAAUUUGUAAUCAAUAGAUCGUGGAUGUCUCUACCAAACAUAGAUUUUCAUUUUCCAGUCUUCUAUUAUUUCUUCAUCUAUUUAUGGGAUUGCUCAAUACUGCACAUAAUAAUGUAUCUGCAUGAAAUUUCUUUGUACUUAUUUAUUCUUCCAAGCUGAAUUAAUAUUUUCAUUUUGU